AUGGACACCACUCCGCCCGAAUCAUCUCUUGACAAUGUCUCACGGCGCCUGUACGCCAUCGCAUUUGUCGCUGUGGCGUUUUUUGCUGUCGGCCGCAUACGACAGUACUUGCGCUUGAGACGAUUCGCCGGACCUAAGACGACGGGAUUCUCUUGGCUGUGGCAUUCUAGCGCCGUUGUCGGUGGUCAAUCCCCUAGGUACUAUGGCGAAGUCUGUGAGAAGUACGGGCCGAUUGCCAGGAUUGCACCGAACCAUCUUAUAACAUCGGACCCAGAAUAUUGGGCACGAAUCAAUGCAGUGCGCUCGCCAUAUACGAGGUCGUCGUGGUACUACCAUUCUGCUCGAUUUGAGACGGGAAAAGACAAUGUCUUUACAGAUUGCGACAAUGAUAGCCAUGAUGCAAGGCGCAAGAAGAUGACAUCUGGGUACUCUGGUAAAGAGAACCCGACACUUGAGCCUUCGAUCGACCUUCAUGUCAAAGAGCUCAUAGACUUGGUGCACAAGUAUGCAGUACCAAUAGCAUCAACGGAGCCAUCUAAACCGAUGGAUCUAGCCGAGAAGAUCCCCUUCUUCACGUUGGAUGUUAUCAGUCAUGUUGGCCUUGGAGAAGCGUUUGGUGAUCUGAAAGCCGACAAAGACCUCAAAGACUACCUGAAGUCAAGCGAAGCAGGCCUCAAGAUUGGAAACACAGCCUUUGCAAUGGGCAUAGCCUGGCUUAGAGACACGUCUAUCAUCGGGCCUGCCAUCAGUCCGUCGGAAAAGGAUGCCACUGGGUUCGGCAACAUGAUGGCUCAAGCUCGAAAGAUAGUCAAAUCCAGGAUGAUGAAGUCAACUGACGAAAAGUCUGAUAUGUUCGCAUCAUUCGUUCGCCAUGGUCUCUCAGGAAAUGAUCUUUUUCAAGAGGUGUUCGAGCAGAUCCUCGCUGGCUCUGACACCACGGCUGCUGCUAUUCGGAUUAUUCUGCUCUAUAUCAUGAGCCACCCGCGUGUGUACGCAAAGCUACAGGCUGAGGUUGAUGAGGCAGUUGAGAACGGCACGGCUCCUGCAUCUCCUGGUAUCAUCUCGGAUACUAAAGUGCGCCAACUACCAUAUCUGGGUGCUGUUGUUCGGGAAGGAAUGCGGAUACACCCGCCAGUUGCCAACCUCUUCUCAAGAGUUACGCCAGAUGAAGGGGACGUCGUAACUAUCGACAACAAGGAACACUUCAUCCCUGGCGGCACUUUGGUUGGUUACUCGGCCUGGACCAUGCACCGCAACAACCGCACCCUUUACGGCGAGGACUGCGGUACAUUUCGUCCUGAACGCUGGCUCGUUGACACGAGCAGUGCAGAUGCAAAGGAGCGUCUAGCCAGGAUGACAAAGACUAACGAUAUGAUAUUUGGUUACGGUCGAUGGCUUUGCUUGGGACGCAAUAUUGCGUUGAUCGAGAUACAUAAGUGUGUCUUUGAGUUGUUGAGACACUUUGACCUGUCAUUGAUCAACCCAUUGGAGCCGUGGAAGACAUUCAAUUCCCUUGGGCUAUGGGAGAUCAAGGACAUGUGGGUGGACGUUACUUUGAGGGAGUAG